UUCCGGUGGGUGUGGCUGAGCUCACCUGGAGUGACGUAGCGCGAGCGAUACAGACGCCGUGUAGGUGCAGGAAUGCGUUGAAGUUCUGCUAAAAUAUAUAUGUUCAGGAUCCGUGCAGAGAAAUCUGACAUCUGCACAUUUUCAGAAUCACAGUGCAUGUGAUAUUAGCCGGGGACAUUCCAAACAGGUGUGAGAGGAUUCCCGGAAAAAAGGCGCUAUUAAUAGCGGCAAUCUUUUACCGUGAAAAGGCUUCCCACCCUUGCAGUUUCAAAUUACAUUCAGUCAGAAUUACAGCUGAGUAGUCUGUCACUCCACCCAUCUCUGUUGUAACAGCCGACCAGGGAACCGGGUGAAGGUGCCAUGUCCCACAGAAAUUCCUAUGGCUCCACGGGGAACCAGUCUCUCCUUCUUCCGGAGAGCCGCUUCAGCUCGGUGCUUCAGCUGGAGCAGCCGUCUGGAAGUUCGUCCUCGAGCAUUGACCUGUCCAGAGUGGAUUCCCCAGAGGAUGAGCAGAGAACUGUAGUGCUCAGCACCCAGAGCGAAGCGGCUCGCAGGCAGGGCGCUCGACAGCUCAUCCCCAAGAACCUGGCUGUGAGCAGCCGCCCAAGAAACCGCUACCACACCACCGUGGUGACCCUUCCCGUCAGCCUGCAGCCCACAGACCUCUCCUGGGAGGACUAUGACAGUGAUUCGGGCGAUGGGUUUUCGCUGAGGAGAAAUCGCAGGAAUAAAUCGUAUCGUGCUGCCGUCACUAGUCUGAAUCUUGACGCUUUGCCGAGUGAACUCCAAACAGAAAUGCUGACACCCCUCAGUGAAGAGAAGGCGGGCAACCAAAAGCAAGCACAGAAAUCAGGACGCAAGAGAACAUUGGGGAGGAUCAGGAACAGGAAGCAAGCUGGCUCAUUUAAAGAUGAGCCGCGGUUUUACCAGGAGAUCAAGGAGCGAGGCCUGAACGCCAGCAGCCUGAGCACAGAGGACGAUGAGUUCUCCCCGACCGAGCCACUGGAGGAGGAUCAGGGCAUCGUGGUGAAGAACUACAGAGCAGCGUACAUGACAUGGAGUCAACUGCAACAGGUGAAAGAUUUGGGCAUUUUGGAUAUCAUCUCCCCUGAAGAACGCAAAAGACAAGAAGCCAUCUUUGAAAUCAUCACAUCAGAAUAUUCCUACCAGCACAGUUUAAGUAUCCUGGUGACUCAUUUUAAAGACAGUGCAGAUUUGAAAAAGACCAUGACAACAACCGAACACCAUCAUCUGUUCUCCAACAUAUCUGUCAUCCAGGACAUCAGCAAACGGUUUUUUGAGGAUCUGGAUACACGUCACCAAAAACACCCUGUGAUCAAGGACAUCAGUGAUACAGUGAAUAAAUAUGCGACUCAACAUUUCAAGCCGUACAUUGUGUACUGCUCCAAUGAGACCUUCCAGCAGAGAACGCUCCAGAAACUACAGUCAAAUAACAAUGCGUUUCGAGAAACUCUGAAGCAGAUUGAAGGCAGUGAAGCGUGUGGAGGUUUGCCCAUGAUCUCCUUCCUCAUCUUACCCAUGCAGAGAAUCACUCGUCUGCCACUUCUUUUAGAUACCAUCUGUCAGAAGACCCCUAAAGAGACGGCUGAAUACUUUGCUGCCUGUUGGGCUUUUAAAGCUAUCAGUAAGCUGGUGAAGCACUGUAAUGAUGGAGCGCGGAGGAUGGAGCGGACGGAGCAGAUGUACACCAUCCAGAAACAGAUGGAGUUCGGCAAAAUCAAGCCUUUCCCAUUAGUGUCGUCAUCCCGCUGGCUGAAGAAGAGCGGUGAGCUGGCGGUGUACACGGAUGAUCUCAGCAUUUUCAGGAAAGCGAUCAGCAUUAAGAGCUACUAUCUGUUCCUCUUCAAUGAUGUGCUCAUCGUCACCAAGAAAAAGAGUGAGGAGAGUUAUGUUGUGUUGGACUACGCCACUGUGGACAAGGUUGAGGUGGAAGAGGAACUGACAGACUCCAAACUCAAUCUGAAGCUGCUGAUGAAUCCCAGCAGUGAGCAGAUACUCGUGGCGGAAAGCAAGCUGGACAGAGCUCGAUGGGUCACCGCACUCCACGAUGUCAAAAAAAGCGAGAGCAUCGCUAAUGAGGACUUGCCUCAAUAUGAAGCUACUAAAGCCUAUAUGCCAAAAGCACCAGAUGAGCUGAGCCUGCAGCAGGCGGAACUGGUCAUCGUUUUACAGGAAGUGGAAGGCUGGUGUCAUGGAGAGCGGAUGAGAGAUGGCGAGAGGGGCUGGUUUCCUGCCAGCUGUGCCACUCAGAUCACAAACCGCACCGCCAUGGAGAACAACAUACAGCGUAUGGAGCGACUGCGCAAGGAGACCGACGUCUGAGCAGCUCACAAUACAGUGAAGAACACUUUACAGAGAUACUAAUGAUUUUAAACAAGUGUAAGUAAUGUGAAUUAGAACACUUUCUACAGACCUCAUGAACUGUUAGUUCACAGCAAACACCACUCAUACUAGAGGAACUGUUUCUGGUUUUAUUUCAGCUUGCCUUUGUUAAAAUUCAUGUUUGGAUACAUAAAAAGUUUUUUAAAAAUGUCAACUGACCAGAUAUCAAAUUACUUUUAAAAACCAUUGUGUAUAAACUUAAGACUGAUUUAGAAAAACAUCUGCUGUUUCCCCAAAAUUUUUAGCUGUCACAUAAAAAUAAU